GAAUUUAAAAUUAUUUCAUUUGUUUGCUAUUAGUUUGAACAUUUUCUGUUGACGCCCUUCUGCGUGUUUACUGUGUAUAGGUAGGUACAAUGUACAUUAAAAGUUAAUAACUAUAAACCAUCAACAUAUAAAAAUAUAACAAACAUAAUAUUAAAAUAUUAACUUACAAAUAAAGAAAUAUGUAAAUCAAAGAUUAAACUAUUGUACACAAAUUCAAAUCCUGUACAAGUUGGCUUUUGAAGAUUAUUAUUUUAUGUUUGAAACACAACGUAGUCAAUUAGUACAUUUCGUAUAAAGAGUUAAAAUAAUAAAUAUUUAACGUUAAUCUUAUUAUUUAUGAUGAUGAUUGGCAUUUUACUGUGUUAUAUUUUAUUAUUAAAUUAAAUUCAAACAUAUUUGGAUACAAAUUCAAGUACUUACUUAUACGCAUUUAUUAAUAUCCAAAUAAUUGGAAACACUAUUCAAUUUUAACGGUGACCAUAAUGUAUAAAUAAUGGUUAUCUAAUUAUAUAGUUUACAAGGUGACUAUAAUAGUAAUUUUAUUUUCUUCGCCAAAAAAACUUUUGAGUGUUUCGAAUAUUUUGGAUAAUUAUCGAUACUAGCUUUAAUAAUAUUAAUAUUAUACGAACAGUUUUACUGUUUAUUUGUUGUUAAGCAUAAAAUCAUACCAUUUUUUAUACUCGACCGUGUACGCGUAUAUUUAGUGACAAUAUUAUAGUUAUCGUUAUAUCGCGAACUGAUAGUUAUUAAUUACUCAAUUAACAUGUCAAAUGAAAAGCAGAAAAAAGUUCUACCAUUUUUCGCGAACUUUGCAAUAGCUGGAUUAUCCGGGAUGGGAGCUGCGGUAUUCGUCCAUCCAUUAGAAGUGCUUAAAUAUCGUAUGCAACUAAGUGGCGAGAAAGGCACGACUUCGGAUCACAAAAACUCAUUUCAUGCAAUCAUAAAUAUGGCAAAAAAAGAAAAACUAUCGGGAUUUUAUAAAGGCAUUUCUGCAAACUUUAUUAGACAACUAAUUUUUACGUCAACUCGGGUAGGCAGCUAUGCUACACUCGUGGAUGAAAUGAAAAAACGAGGGAAAAGCAACGUGAUGAAUAACGCAAUAGCCAGCAUGUCUACUGGAGCAUUAGCUGCGUUUAUUUCCACGCCGACCGAUAUUGCUGUAGUCCGUAUGACGGCCGAUGGACGAUUGCCAGAGGAAAGCCGGCGCAACUACAAACACGUUUUCGACGCAUUGUGGAAAAUCCGUAAGGAUGAAGGCGUAACGGGACUUUGGAGAGGGACAGUGGCAACCGUUUUCAGGGCGAUGACGGCCAACGUGACUCAAUUGAUGUCCUAUGACGCGGCCAAAGUGUAUUUGAUGGAUAAUUAUAAUAUGGAGAACGGUUUAAAGCUCCACACUGCAUCAAGCAUGAUUUCUGGAAUUGUAUAUUCCGUCUGUUCAAAUCCAAUGGACGUAUUAAAGACUAGAAUACAACAACAGAAAAUAGUAGACGGAAAAGCAGAAUAUUCAGGCAUAGUAGAAGUGGUGUCAACUUUGCUGAAGACUGAGGGAGUGACAGCUUUAUGGAAAGGCUGGCCUUUUUAUUAUUUACGGGUUGCACCAGGUACUGUCUUGUUAUUUAUUUUCAUGGAACAGCUUAAAAAAGGAUAUGAAGAACAUUUUAUGAAAAACCUGUAAUCAAUAAUUGACAUUACUAUUGACGCAUUGGUUUUUGAGCAAUUAUAAUUGCUUAAAAACCAAUCGUAUACGAUUGUCAUUUGACCUACUAUAACUAUAAUUAUACAGUACCUAUACACAUUUAUAAAUAUUUUAUAUUAUUAUAUUACUGACUUAGUUAAAAUGUGUAGAUAAUUAAAUAUUUAUUAAUAAUUAAUUAAUAAUAUUAAAAUU